UACGUCACUGCGUUGUUGACGUAAACCCGGAAGUGGAUUUCGGGGACCUUUCUAGCUCUGGUUUGUUUUUACUGCCAAUUUGAGUCCAAUAUUGAAAAAUAACACGCUUUAAAGUCUGUGCACUCUGUUAAAAAUAACUCACUUCGUCCUGCGGCAGGAAAUAAUACAUGAAUUAGUGUAAAAUGUCCCACGAGAACACGGUUCAUUAGGAUCUAAACAUUGUUGCGUCGGGGAGCAGAUGUGAGCGAACAUGUGUACGAGUUACCCCACGCCAGUUUACUCCCACGCAGGACGAGGAGUUUUCCAAGAUGUUUACGAGCCUGCGGAGGACUCUUUCCUCCUCAUUGACGCUCUGGAGAAAGACGCCGAGCGGCUGCAGCUGAUGAGACCCUGUGUGUGUUUGGAGGUGGGCAGCGGCUCAGGAGUGGUGUCCGCAUUCCUGGCAUCAGUAGUCGGACCUUCAUCUCUCUAUAUUUGCACUGAUGUGAAUCCUGCUGCAGCUCGGUGUACAGCAGAGACCGCGUCCUGUAACAGUGUUUCCCUGCAGCCGGUCAUCACAGACCUGGUGGAGUGUCUUCUGCCUCAGCUGUGUGGAAAAGUGGACGUCCUUCUCUUCAACCCCCCUUAUGUUGUCACGCCGUCUGAAGAGGUUGGCAGUAGAGGUAUAGAAGCUGCCUGGGCCGGAGGGGAGCGAGGCCGAGAGGUGACCGACAGAUUCCUUCCCGCGGUAGCGCAGCUGCUGUCCCCCGCAGGGUUGUUUUACCUCAUUACCAUCGCUGAGAAUGAUCCAGAGGAGAUCAUACGCUCGCUGGUCCGAUAUGGCUUGAAGGGAGAGUCCUGCUUAUCUACAAGAGCCGGGAACGAAAGGUUGUCUGUGCUGCGCUUCCACAGAAGCAAACAAACGUGAACUGCUACUAAGAAAUAUCGGAUUACGACGAGUUCCGGGACAUUUUUGGGAUCUUUCUUUUUCACAAUUCUACAAACUAAUAUCAGAGAAGAAGAAAGAUAAGAAGAAACUCUGUGGUCACCCAGACAGAUUUAAUAAUAUUUUCAACUACGCAGACAUACAAAAAAUGAUAACACAACCAACAUCAACCCCCACCCAGACAGCGUAACAACAGGAUCCCCAUGCCUCUUCUCCAUCUGGAAUGUAGUGUAAACUGGAAUGUUGGAUGCUUUUGUAAACAGUAAAUGUGUUUUCUACUCGUC